AUGUCAUAUGACUAUGGCGAAAAAAAUGGCCCUCAUACAUGGGUGUUACGCUUUCCUAAUGCUGGAGGAACAAAACAAUCCCCAAUCAACUUAAACACAAUGUCAAUGAGGCUUGACGAAUCACUGACUCCAAUAAAUGUGGACUUAAAUGAACUUCAGAACCAAACUUUACACGUUAAAGAUCACAAUUUCUCAGUCGAAGUGAAGGGAAAUGCAGUAUUAUCCGGUGGUCCAUUAACAUCAGAAUAUAAACUGACACAAUUUCAUUUACAUUGGGGAUCUGGUAAUAACUGGGGCUCUGAGCAUAUGAUCAAUGGGAUAAGUUGUCCUGCUGAACUACAUUGUGUAUUUAUUAAUACUAAAUAUGCUACAAUGGAGACCGCUAUCACUUAUUCUGAUGGAUUGUCAGUUGUCGGUAUAUUUUUUCAAUUGGGCAAAUCAUCGAAUAAUAAUAACGCCUUAAAACGUUUAUGCACAUUAUUGAAAUCAACAAAGAAAGGCGAAAGCAAAGAUAUUCAACCUAUGCUUGAUUUGAACACACUUUUGCCAAAUGAUUUAUCCAGAUACUACACAUAUUCCGGAUCAUUAACUACACCACCAUGUAAUGAAUGUGUCACAUGGAUCGUUCUAGAUGAACCGGUAGUGAUGACUAUUGAUCAACUUGAAACAUUACGACAAAUGCAUGCAAAUUGUGUAACCUGUGGUCAAACCGAUAAUUUUCGUCCAAUUUGUCCAAUUGGUUCACGUUCAGUCAGAUGUUCAUUUCGAGUAUAA